GCAAAUGCCUUAUUUCAUGUUAGAGUUCACUUAAUGUUCUAUAAAAUACCUGGUUUGUAAAUUAAUAUGUAUACUUGAGCAAAUGCCCCCCCCCACUAAGCUACUAAUUAUUUUUAAUUGUGGUAAAAUACACAUGUAAAAUUUACAUCUUACCCAUUUGUAAGUGGACAGUUCAGUAGUGUUAAGUAUCUUCACAUUGUUGUACAACCAAUCUUUGGAACUCUUUCAUCUUGCAAAACUUAAAUUCUAUCAUUAGUUUAUUUUCUCCUGAAUCUACUAAUUUAUUGUUAAAACUAUCAAAAUGAGCUUUUCUUUAGCAAAUAUAAAAAACUCAAGUUAUAUGUCACGUUCAGGUUUGAUGUUGGAAAGCACUUUGACUCUUAAGACAUUUUUCUUUUCCUAGCCCUUCGUAAACAAACUAUUUCAUUUACUUUAAAUUUUCAUUGAUUAAAUUUUCAUUCAGCAGAUUUCUGUGCCAAGUAUAUAGUGUUAAGCACUGGGGAAACAAAUUUGAAUACAAUAUCACUGAACUUGCUCUCUGGGAUCUUAUAAUGUAGUAGGAGAAACAGACUGGUAAAUACAUAGUUAUAGCACUAGUCCUAUAAUAAAGGUAUAAAUUGAUUGCCGUAGUGGCAUAGAUGGGGGGGCUUCAGGGAGGCAUCAUGGAAUUAGCUACAUCUGAAGGAUGAGUAAAAGUUUGGCCAAGCAGAGUCAAAUAUAUGAAAAGCAUGAAGAAGCGAACUGGCAUGGUGGGUUCAGAGAUGAUAAAAAUGUUAGUAUGUAAAGCGUGUACAGCAUAUUUUGGGGAAUGAGGAAAAGGCUUCAGUGAAUUAGGGAUCUGACCCUGAAUGAUGUAAAGAGCUCAUCGAAGUUAUUUUUUUUAAGUUUGCUUAUUUAUUUAUUUAUUUACUUACUUACUUACUUAAGUGAAAAAAGCCUAGAACCCGGAAUGAGCCUAGUGUAAUUAAGGAAAGAACAAGGGAGCAGUGUGGCUAGAGAAAACAGUGAGCAAGGGGGAGAGAAGUAAGAGAUGAAGUUAGAUGGGCAACAGGGGCGAUUGUGUAGGGCCUUGUAAAGCCAUUUUAAAGAACUUGGUAAAGGAGCCACUGGAGGAUUUGAACAGAGGAGGAGCAGGGUCAUGCUGUGGUAAAGGAAUGGUAAAAAGGAAGUUGCUUAUGGUAAUUUAAGUGACAAGUGAUGAUGGUUUUAGGUCAGUGAGGAGAAAAUGGUUGGAUUUUGGAUAUGGUUUGGAGAUAGAACCAAUAGGAUUUGCUGAUGGAUAUGGCAUAGGAAAGAAAGGAAUGAGUCAGAGCUACUGUAAAAGACUAGAAAUUGGGUAAUGAGGACCUGAUCAAAAGCAUUGGCAAUAAGAAAGCAGACAAAAGGCAAAAAUUCAUGAGAUAUUUCUUAGAGUUGAUAGAACUGGAGAUAAAGAUCUGAGAGUUUUUAGCAAAGAUGUUAGUCAAAAUGAUGAGAUCACCCAGGUAUGUGUAGUAGACAGUAAGGAAGACAGAAGUUUUCUGGAAGCCAAGGGAGGAGAAAGUUUCCAAAGAAGGGAUGAUCACAGAGCAGAUAAAGGAAAGGGUUGGAAAUUGGCCACAGGAUAUCCUAAAUUAGGGCCGGUAAAAGCAUGCUUCAGGGCUUGCAAGCAGCUGGCCUUCACACCUAAAAUCUGUCCACAUUAUAGUUUGCCUGACAGGAUGUUUAAAAAUAUUUACGUUUGAAUGCCAUUGGACUUGACUUGUGUUCUUUAUCCCCCAGUCUUUUCACUGAUACUUUCUUUGCAAACUCAGCACCUGAUGUCUUGCUCAUUAGGUGACUUGCCUGAUCAUGUAGGCAUUUGAAUUUGUGACCCUUUGUUACGCGAUGAAGUCAGGUUUUCACCUGGACAGGUGGGUGAUCUGGUUUCCAAAAACAGAGAUAGGUGGCCUUGAAUUUACCAGGUCAAGCCUCUAGUCAGUCUAGGGCUGUCCCAGUAUUCUUUUGUGCAUCAGUGCCCCCAGUGGCCUUGCUUCAGUUUUUCAGAUUCGGAAAAAGAUCAGCCUCAGAGCUGAUCAGACGUGAAGAUGUUAAUUCAUGCUAAAAAGUAAUAACAGUGGCUAACAUUUACAUGCUGCUGUUUUAAGUGCUUUACAUGAAUUAUUGCAUUUAAUCUUCAUGACAGCCCUCAUUUUACAAAUGAGGAAAUAGACACUAAGAGAUUGAUGAAUUUCCCAAGGUCGCAGAGUACAUCAGUGGGAAUUCAAGUAAUCUGAUUCUAGAGCCUGCAUUUUUAUUUGAGGAUAGACAUCCCUAACACAAGAGAAUGUGUGUGUGUGUGUGUGUGUGUAUCAGAAUACCAAUUCAGUCAUGUAAAAUGAGGAUUAGAUAUUUGCAUCAGGGAGGGUAUUCUCUCCAUGUAGAAUGUUAUAUGGAAAACAAAAUUACAAAAAUUGCCUAAUGAACAGGAGCAUGGGAUUAGAAUGAGGGAGUUGAUUGUAAAUGACUGGAAUUUUAAAUGGCGUCAGGCUCUGAUAAAGUGAUAUUUCCAUCUUCAUAACGUAUCUGCCAAGCAGUUACUUGCAUCAGCCUUACAGGAUAUCCCCUCUCCUGGGCAGUGCUUACAUGGGCACUGGCCACAUUUGUCUCUCUACCUUUCCUUCUUCAUCAUUUCUAUCGCUAAUCAGCCCUACUUUCUGAUAGGUACAUUUCUUUUCAUUGCAUGUUAAUAUCUUAAAUUUAGUCAUCUUUUACUUGGUCAUGUGUAUCUGACUUCCUCAUCUGAUUCAUCUUAUUUUGAUUUUAUGGUUGAACUUUCUGAGGUGAUACUGUUCUGAGGAGAUACUAUUUCUAGUAUCUUUUUUGAGGUGUUUGGGUCCUGGAAGGUGUUGCUUGACUGCUGAUGCCAUGUACCAACCCAGAUAGCUGUCAUUGAAUGACCUUUGCAAAAGCCGUUUCAGCAGAUUAUUAUUACUCUUGGCAAAGAACAACCUUCCUCUAAUGUAAAAUAGCUUUAUAUUUAUUUUCUUUUGCCCUCUCCUUUUUUUUUUUUUUUUUUUUGAGUAGGCUCCACACCCAGUGUGGGGCCCAAUUCAGGGCUUGAACUCAUAACCCUGAGACCAAGGUCUGAGCUGAGAUGGAGUCACACACUUAACCGACUAAGCCACCCAGGCACCCCAUGCUUUGCUUUGUUUUUAAUGUGAGUUCAUGGCUUAACAUUACUACUUCAAAUGAACUCUUGUAAUACUUCAGCUUUCAUAAAUCAUACCCACAUUUUUGAGUGGCAAAUAACCAAAGCAAGUCCCAAGGAGUGUUUAAAGGGAAUCCUAAGUUAAUCAUCAUUAAAAUUAUAAAACCAUGUAAAAAUCAUUAACAAUGUAUUUAUAAAAGUGAUAGAACAAAAGAACCUAGAUUUAGAACUCGUGAUACUCAAUAUUUUACAUAUAUUGCUAUUUAUAAUUCACAUACUUUAAUUCAUUUGAUUCAUGUAGACAGAACAGUUAUCAAUAUCUUCACUUUAUAGUUUAGGAAACAGAUUUAGAGGGUAAAUAACUAUUUACCACAGUCUAUGUCUCAUAGCAUUUGAUUUCAUACUCUUCCCUUGCCACCGUUGCCUCAUGAUGGUAGUAAUUUGACACCAGAUGCUGGAUUGGGAUAUUGGAUCCAUAAAAGGGUUUGGGUUUUUUUCUUUUUUUUUUUUUUAAAGAUUUUAUUUAUUUAUUUGUCAGAGACACAGAGAGAGAGGGAACACAAGCAGGGGGAGUGGGAGAGGGAGAAGCAGGCUUCCCGCCGAGCAGGGAGGCCGAUAUGGGGCUCAGUCCCAGGGCCCUGGGAUCAUGACCUGAGCCGAAGGCUUAACAACUGAGCCACCCAGGCGCCCCAGGGUUGUUGGUUUUUUUUUUCCUUUAGAUAUUACUUGAUCCCAGGCAAUUUCAGCCUGCUUUAUUAUAAAUUCAUCUUAUAUGACAGUUUUUCUAAAUUCUAAAACAAUUAAAAAUUGAAUGUAUAAAGAAUACCAAUUUUCACAUAUUUUUAAGAGUAUGAAAUCAGUUAAAUCUAGCUACGUCUGCACAUUUUUAGCUAUGGAAAACAAGAAUUCUUCUAUUGUAUACGGGUUUUAACCUAUUAGGAGAAUUUAUUGAAGAUGCAUAGAGAUCAAAAGAGCCAACAUCUCUUUUGCUUGAAUUUUUCUCGAUGACUGGCAGUUGACAAUAAAAUAUUAGAUCACUGGUUCUUUGUGUGUGGGGUUUGAGUUCUUUACAAAGGCUACUCUUUGGCUCAUAAAGGAGCUUGUGGGUUGAUUUCUUUUCUACAUCCUUGGCAUACAUAGGAGUCUAUUUUAAAAUUAUGUUUUAUGUAAGCAAACAAAAAUGGAAGUGAAUAAUGCAUUUAUGUAAGAAAUUCAUACAUAUUUUGGCUGUAUAUACAUAUCUACCAAACAUACAUUUUUUAAAAAUUAUAGAUACCCAAGCGUGAAAACCAACAUUUGACCAAAUCUUAGACUAAAGUUAAUAUCAUCAUCAUAGAUUAAAUUUCUGGAAUGCGUGAAUAAAUCUGAAAUAUCCCUCAAGUUAUUAUAAUUUAUUAUUAGAAAUUUUAGUGGUCUAUUUUUAAAAAUAGGACAUUCCAGUGAAGUAAUAAUUUCUCAACACUGCCUAUUGCUAAAUUACUGCUAUAAUUGCUACAAUGCACAUUAUUGGUACUGAAUAGAGGGUCACUUUCAAAUGAGAUUAGUGGAACACAAGAUAGUUGGGGGAACUUUUUUUUCCUCUAACAUUUUCCUUUAUAAUUUUUUUAAAAUAUCUGGAGCAAAAUGAUUGAUUACAUUACACAUAACUUUAGAGUUUUUUCCUCAUGAAAUUUGGAGGUAACAAAGCUAACAUUCUGUUUUUAAUUCGUCUACAAAAGAUAUAAAUUCUCAAAUAGGAUUUUUUUUCUUGAAAGAUUCAUGGGAUUAAAUAAUUGAAAAUAUUCUUUAGAAGUUAUUUUGUGUAGUGUUAUGAAUGUUAGAAUGCCAAAUAAAUGAAUAAAGUUAGAAUCAUGACAUAAUUUCUAUUUUUGUGUUUUGUAUUUUUUUUUAAGAUUUUAUUUGACAGAGCAAGAGCGCACAAGCAGGGGGAGCAAUAGAAGGACAGGGAAAAGCAGGCUCCCCGCCAAGCAGGGAGCCCUAUGCGGGGCUCUAUCCCAAGACUCUGGGAUCAUGACCUGAGUCAAAGAGAAGAUGGCGAAUUAGAAGAUGGUGAAAUAGAUGAUGCAGGACUUGAAGAAACACAAGAACAGGAAGCAAAAGAGGAUGAAAAACAGAAAAAUGAAAAAGCCUAUAGAAAAUCAAGGAAAAAACACAAGAAAGAAAGAGAGAAGAAAAAAUCCAAAAGGAGAAAACGUGAAAAACAUAAGCAUAAUUCUCCAUCUAGUGAUGAUAGUUCAGACUACAGCCUUGAUUCAGAUGUCGAACAUACAGAAAGUUCCCACAAAAAAAGAGCUAGUUUCUACAGGGAUUAUGACAUUCCAUUUUCUCAGCAUGGACACUUAUCAGGAAGCUACAUGACAUCAAAGAAGAGUCAACAUAACAAAAAAUUUAAAAGUAAAGAAUAUGAUGAGUACAGUACGUACAGUGAUGACAACUUUGGUACCUACAGUCAGGAAACAGAGGAAGAUUUUGCCAAUCAGCUGAAACAAUACAGACAAGCUAAAGAAACCUCAACUACUGCUUUAGGAUCAUCAUUUUCUAAAGAACCAGGGAAAAAACAAAGAAUGAAAGCUCAGCAAGGUAUUGAACAGAGGGUUAAAACUUUUAAUGUUGGUCGUGGACGUGGUUUGCCGAAGAAAAUCAAACGCAAAGACCGUGGGGGAAGAACCAAUAAAGGGCCUAAUAUUUUUUCAGGAAUGGAUGACUAUCAAGAGUAUAGUAAACCAGGGAAAAAAUGGAAGGUUAUGACUCAGGAAUUCAUUAAUCAGCACACAGUGGAACACAAAGGAAAACAAAUCUGUAAAUACUUUCUGGAAGGGAGAUGUAUUAAGGGAGAUCAGUGUAAAUUUGAUCAUGAUGCAGAGUUGGAGAAGAGAAAGGAGAUCUGCAAAUUUUAUUUACAAGGAUAUUGUACCAAAGGAGAGAACUGCAUUUAUAUGCAUAAUGAAUUUCCGUGUAAGUUCUAUCAUAGUGGAGCAAAAUGUUACCAAGGAGACAAUUGUAAAUUUUCACAUGAUGAUCUGACUAAAGAAACAAAGAAACUUUUGGACAAAGUGUUGAACACUGAAGAAGAAGCCACAAAUGAAGAUGAACGAGAAUUAGAAGAACUUAGAAAACGGGGCAUAACUCCUCUUCCCAAACCACCUCCAGGAGUUGGGCUUCUGCCAACCCCACCAGAGCAUUUUCCCUUUUCUGAUCCUGAAGAUGAUUUUCAGACCGAUCUCUCUGAUGAUUUCAAGAAAAUCCCAUCUCUUUUUGAAAUAGUUGUAAAACCUACUGUGGAUUUAGCACAUAAGAUUGGGAAGAAGCCACCAGCAUUUUAUAACAGUACCUCACCACCAGGACCACAGUUUCAGGAAAGCAGCCCACAUCCUCAACAUAUCUAUAGUUCUGGAUCAAGUCCAGGUCCUGGACCUAAUAUGUCUCAGGGACACAGUAGUCCUGUGAUGCACCCGGGCUCCCCCGGACAUCAUCCAUGCGCAGCAGUGCCACUCAGCCCACCUUUGCCACCUGCUCCACCUGGAAUUUUAGGUCCUCACAGUCAAGCUGGGGUACUUGUUCAACCAGAUGCACCUUUGACACCACCGAGUAUGAGUGGUGCUUACCAUUGCUCAGGCUUUCCAGAACAUAUGAUGAAAGUACCUAGAGAGAAUCACUGUUCUCCAGGUUCCUCAUACCUGCAAAGUACUGGUGAAAUGCAGCUCAACACCAGUUAUGAGUCCCUACAAAACCCAGCUGAAUUUUAUGAUAAUUACUAUUCACAGCAUGCUGUACAUAAUUUUCAGCCACCCAAUAACUCUGGUGAUGGGAUGUGGCAUGUUGACUUUGCCCAGCAUCAGCCAACCAUUGUUCAAGACUCCCCUAACCGUGCAAGUGGAUCUGACGGCAGCAGCAACACAACAGGCCAUGGCCCCCUGCCUGCACCAGGCCUCCUCCCUGCAGUGCAGAGAGCUCUUUUUGUCAGACUUACUCAGAAGUACCAAGAAGAUGAUGAACCAAGCAGCACCCAACCUCAAAGGGCACCAAGCAGGGAAGAAGAUGAUACUGUUAACUGGUAUUCAAGUAGUGAAGAGGAAGAAGGAAGCAGUGUGAAGUCAAUACUGAAAACAUUACAGAAACAAACAGAAACUUUAAGGAAUCAGCAACAACCUUCCACAGAGCUCAGCACUCCUACUGACCCAAGACUCGCUAAAGAGAAAAGCAAAGGAAACCAAGUUGUUGACCCUAGACUUAGGACUAUCCCAAGGCAAGACAUGAGAAAAUCUGAAUCUACCCCACUGGAUCUUAGACUUGCAUGGGAUCCCAGGAAACUGAGAGGGAAUGGAAGCGGUCACGUAGGAUCUUCUGUUGGUGGAACAAAGUUUGAUUCACAUCAUGCAAAUGCUAGCUCUGUCAAACACAAAAGAGGAGAUGAUGAUGAUGAAGAUACAGAAAGAGAAUUGAGAGAAAAAGCUUUCUUAAUACCUUUGGAUUCUUCCCCUGGCAUAAUGCUCCAAGAUCCAAGGUCUCAGCUGAGGCAGUUCAGUCACAUUAAAAUGGAUAUUAUCCUAACCAAACCCAACUUUGCAAAACACAUCGUGUGGGCUCCAGAAGACUUACUUCCAGUCCCUUUACCUAAACCUGACCCAGUAUCUUCAAUCAAUUUACCUCUGCCCCCUCUUAUAGCUGACCAGAGGCUCAAUAGGUUAUGGAAUACAAAAAGCGAUCUUCAUCAGAACACAGUGCCCACUGAUUCGAAAUCAGCAGCCAAAGCCAAAGUGAACACCACAAACAGAGAAGGCUACCUAGAACAAUUUGGAGACUUACAUAGUUCAGGAAGUAAAUUAGGAGAUCCUAGGCUGCAAAAAAAUUUUGAUCCUAGGCUUCAUAGACUGCAGAGUACAGAGUCUCACCCAGCUGUUGUGAAGGACUCACAUACAUUAAAGGCCACCCCUCACUUAGCCAGAUCUAACCCUGCUUCGUCACAGCCCUCAGGGGCAGCGACUAGCAGUUCUGGGCCAGGGCCUUUGCCUCCAUAUGCCCCUAAACUCUCCUCUUCAGCUGGCCUUCCCCUGGGAACUCCAAGUUCAGUUCUUAGUGGCAUUAGUUUGUAUGACCCUAGGGAGCAUGCUUCAUCAUCUGCAUCAGAGCUAGCAACAGAAAAUGCAGAGAACCAGAAAAAAAGUGGUGGUUUAAAAAGUAGUGACAAAAAUGAGCCUUCUCCUGGAGAAGCAGUCCUGCCACACAAAACCAGUGCAAACGUGGAAGUCGCUGUGGAUGGGCUGGCUGAUCCCCAGGCAGAUAUUCUCAGGAGUCCUGGUAUGGUUCAGGUCCCAGCAGUGCACAGUCUUCCUAUUCAGGCAUUAACAGGCUUAAUUAGACCCCAGUACAGCGAUCCAAGGCAGUCCAGGCAGCCAGGACAGAUGAGCCCCACCCCAGAAAGUGAUCCCAGUAGAGAACCAGAUGACAAAUCUCUGAAAGAGGUUUUUAAAACUUUUGAUCCAACUGCUUCACCAUUUUGUUAGCUAUUCUUUUCACUCUGUGACUAUUACAGUCCUCUGCUGUUUUGUAACUGGUUUACCUCUAUAGUUUAUUUAUUUUUAAAUUAUAAAUACUUUUCAGCUGCUAGUAUCAGAACCACAUGAAGUUAUAUCCUCUAAAGCCUGUGGUAUUUUAUAUAAUAUUUUUAUAACUUUAAGAAACUGUAGUAAUUGACAUAGAAACCUAUAUAUCAUGUUAGCUUCAGUAAAAGUACUUUUAUCGUUAAUAAACAAUCAUGAACUUGACACUCUGCCCAAAUAUAUGCCAGUCGUCUUUCAUAAUCAAUGUUUAGAUAAUGAUUACCACUUUUAUAUGGUUGUUAGUUUCAAGCAAUAUGAUGUACAUUACUUUUGAGCAACAGUAUUUUGACUAGGAUCUUCUCUAUUUGUCAACACAGAACUGAUUAAUAUGUAAUGCUAACUGCUAACUAAAAUGUAAAAUGAAGUAAAGAAAACAUUUUUAAAAUCACAAUCAACAGAGCAGUUUGUGUUUAAGGGCAUCACUUUUAUUAGUAUUGGCAAUAUUAUUUGUGUAAAUGAAGCAUUUGAAUGUCAUAUCUUUUAAAAGUAUUUUAUUGUAUACUGUAUCAUAGAAGUUGGAGAUACAUAGAUUGUUUUUGCUAAAGUGAAAAAUUCCCCAAGUUCUCUAACAUUACUUUUUAAAUUUAAUUUUUCAUAUUAAAUAGUUAUGAGUUCUUGCUGUGCUAUGUGAUGUUUAUGUGUUUCAAUGUUUUUUGUCUUUAGCAGCAUAAUUUAUAUUACUUUUUCAAAUGAUGUAGCUGCAAUAAUUGUAUUCAUCAUGACUUUGGAAAUUUUUAACAAAAUUUUAAAAGAUCCAGUGACAGUCUGUAGUGAUUAUUGCAUUGAUAAUGUUUUAAAUGUCCAGGUUCUAUAUUUUAAAUAGCAAGAAAACACAGAGAUGGUAUAAUCAACUGUAUAUGGCUACCAAUAAAGAAUCUCUUUCAGAUCUCUCCUGACUGGCAUUCUGUAACAGAAGAGACUGCCUGGUAUUUUAAGUAUUUAAUGUCCUCAUAGUUUGGAAAUCUAAACUGAUUUAGAAAUUGAUUUUUAUGAAAAAUAAUUUGUAUUCAUUCUUGUGUCUUUUGUGCAGUAUAUAAAUAACGGCAGCCCUAUUUGUUUUAUACAUAUAUUAUUUAUAAUGGAAACUAAGUAUUACACUGAUAUUCAUAUCUUGAACUGGACAUGUGUGACCGUGUUUGCUGGUAAUAGCUCCAAUAAGUAACUUGAGAUGGAGCAUUUCACUAUAAAAGAUAAUGAAAGUGAAGGAAAUUGGUCCUUGGAUGAAAAUAGCUAUGCUUGAGAAGUGAUUUAAAAAAUACACGGCAAAAUAUUUCUGUGGGAACCUAACACUCAGCUAGUAUAUAAUUUAAUAUUAAUGCUUAUUUUUCUAUUCACUUCUUCAUUUUUUUUUUUCUGCUUUGAUUCCAUGCUUAAAUGGGGUUGCAGCUAAGUGAACAGAAACUCUGCUUACCUAAGAAGUCCACUGUGUUCUAAGUGGAAGGACAGUUGUUCAAGGGGAUGUGAAUUUUUAUUAUUUAUACUUUGGUUCCAUUGUUGCCUAAAAUGGCUCUGGAUAACAUUUUUGGGUUAAAAAAUGCACUUUAAAGCCGCCAUAGAGAGUAUUCUCUGCUUUACUGUCCACAUGAACUUUUAUUAAUUUAAGUCAAUAAAUGGUUAAAACUGACAGAAAAAAGUGUGUGUGUAUACACACAUACACUUAUAUACAUACAUAUAUAUAAUACUACUUUAUCAGGAAAAAAUCAGUAAAAUUGCUGCAUUUUAGUAAUUAAAUUGAAAUUUUUAGCAAAUCUUUAAUUCCCUCUUAUAAUUAUAUUAAGUAAUGAUGUUCAUAUUUUAAAUAUCAUACAAAAAAGAUAAUUUGGCUUGUUAAAGAUCCAAAUAGAAUCCAAAUUCUUUUUUUUUUUUUUUAAAGAUUUUAUUUAUUUAUUUGACAGAGACAGCGAGAGAGGGAACACAGCAGAAGGAGUGUGAGAGGGAGAAGCAGGCUUCCCGCGGAGCAGGGAGCCCGAUGUGGGACUUGAUCCCAGGACCUGGGAUCAUGACCUGAGCCGAAGGCAGACGCUUAACAACUGAGCCAGCCAGUCGACCCUAGAAUCCAAAUUCUUAACAGAAGAUCCUUUUUGGAAGGAAGAGAAAUGUUGAAGGUUUAAUUAAAAAGUAAGGUUUAAAAAUCAUUAAUGCAAAUUAUAAUGUCCAUUUGCUCCAUAUUCUUGAGUCCCUAUCAUAUCAGCUAGGGUCCUAGAGGCUAUUUUAUAAGUGUGGGCAUAGUCUCAAAUUUAACAAUAUAUGUUAUAUGAAAAUGUUUAAAAUAAUGAAUUUAAUUUGUGGUUUUUUUUUUUUAAUUUGUGGUCUUUUUUAAUCGAGAUAACUUUAGCUUAGGGGAUAGUCUAUUGUAUCCUGUCAAUUUAGAUUAUUUUAAUCUUCUUUUUUCCUUUUUCUCACCAAAAUUUAGUAAGUAGCCAUUUUCCCUGAUGAAUAGGUCUUCUUUAAGAUGAAUCAGUAUUUGUUAGAAUCCGUGUAAGUUGAUUUACACUAGCACACUGGAAAAUACUUUAUGUCCCUAUUCUUAUAAGCCAAACAUUUACAAAUAACAGAAAUAACUUGUGUCCUAAAAGAGUCUGGAUGAGACUCAUUGAUUGAGGUGUAACUUAACUAUUCAUACUGGUUUGUGACAGAAGGUUUAUACCUGUUUACUGUGAUGUCAAGUAGAAUGGGAUAUAUCAGGGUGUUGAAUUGGAAUACCUAGGUGAUCAUAAUUUAGUUUGGGCAACUCCUUUCCCACAUUUUAAUGUUUAGUUUUUGCUCCAAACUCCUGUCUCUGGAUCUUUCCCAAUUAGGACCUCAUUCUGAACCUGAAAGUAAACCAAAUAUUAGAGUGAUUUCAAAUUCUGCUUCAGCAAUUACAUCUGCUUCUGUAGGGACCCUCUGUGUUACCCAGCUGCAUGUGCCAAACCCCAGAAUUAGGUUGCAAGUGAAACAGCCUAAUUAUAGGAUAAUGUUUGCUUAGGUUUCUGUUGUCUUUUAAUUUGCCUUAAGGACUAGUUUUCCUUGCUUGUCCUACUUAUUUUAAGAGUGAAAGAACUGUUGAUUAGUAAAGAAAUCCUGUAUAAGUGUGCAUAUAGGCCACUUCGCUGAAUUAAUUAGAAGAGAAGAAGGAAAGGAGAACUUGGGAGGGCUGGGGGCUUAAAGAGAAUAAAUUCAUAUUCUUGUUCUGAAUUGUUUUUUUCUCAACGUCCAGUUCCUUAUCUGUGAAAUGGGUAUAAUUUUGACUGCUCACAGAUUUGAUGUAAGGAGUAAAUGAAUUAUUAAAGUAUUUUUAAAUGUGAAAUUGGUUUAUAAUUUUACGGACAUAAUCAUUACACAUUACACUUCCACUAGGGUGCAUUAAGCUGUACAAAUUCCAAAAUAACAUGAUUUGUAUGGCUCACCGAUUUUAUGUUUUUUCAGAUGAUAUAUAUUGAAGACACAAUAGAAUUGCGUGAGAAGUUGUUGUAGAGAAUAUUAACCCAUCAAGUUAGCAAUUCCCUUUAACAUUUUGUGUGUUGUUAGUAAGACGUAGGACUUUCGUAAUUUAGAGCUGUAUGGACUUGUAGCGUCUGUUUAAGAUCUGACCGCUCUGCCCAUUUUAUGUAAGUUGGAUAUUGAUGGAGGGUUAAAAAUGCUAUGACAAUCCAUAUUGCGUGGUGUAUUUGCUUCAAUUAUAGCAUGUGUGAGGUGGGCAAAGUGGCAAAUUCAUUAUAAAAGCCAUUGGCUCUUAGAAACAUUAGAGAUGUUUACUCCCACUCCUUAGUAUGUAUUUCUGCUAGCACAUGACAUGGAGGUCUUUCUGAGUGACCACUUGCUUGAUAAAGAUAUCAUUUUCCUUUGGUUAAUGGCAACUUAAAGUUUGGAGGUUCCUAGGGACCUAGAUGUGAGGUCUUGUCGAAAUCUUUCCAAUUGCCCAACACAAAGUCAAGGUAGAGAUGUUCUCCCUGAGUUUACCCUUCUGGGCUUGAGGGUUAUACCUCGGAGAGGUGGUCUGUGCUGAAGGCACAGACUUGGAGGUGUGGUCUGCAGUCAAGUGGUCCACUGAUAGGGCCCCUGAAAACUUCAGGAACUGGGCUUUUGUGAAUAUCUAAAAUAAAGAGUUGUAAUUACCUUUUCAGAAAUGGGUUGGCAGCACUUGAUCAUAUUUAUGGUCAAAAAGUGGGAUAUAUAAGUCAUUAGUAAACAAAUAAGGCUUAGUUUAGGAAAUGUAAGUUUUAACAAAAUGUAACCAAACAGGGCUUGAGUGUUUAAAGCUGUCUUCCUCACGUAUGUGUUACGAUUUAGCAUUUAUGUAAUGCCUUUCCUCCAAGGAGUUUAAUGUGAUUUACAGAAGCAGUUUCGGUAGCUACCAAUCACCAAGUUGCUAGGGUUUUGUUUUUGAGUAUGUUAUUUAUCAGUAUCUGCCAGUUGUAACAGAGCCCAAAUUAACCUGCUUUUCUUGGAAAGGAUACAGACCUAAGAAAGGACUUUAGGUCAACGUCAACAUAAUAUUUAGAAUUUCUAAUUUUUAAAUAAAUAAAAAGCACAUUUUAAAUGGUAUUUUAUGCUUUUGGAGGCAGGAUGGUAUGUGCCUCCUUGCUUUGCUGUUUCCCCACAGCAACAAGCCUGGUUCUAGGCACAGGGUGGGUGCUUUGUUAAUUGCUUGUUAACUGCUUCCCGACAUCCAUUAGAUUUUGAUGUGGUGGAGCCAUUCCAUGAUUAUAUCCAAGAGUACAAUUCAGAAAGUAUACCUCUUUUAGUAGACACAAGGCACCUACCUUCUCUCUCUCUCUCUCUCUCUUUUUUUUUUUUUUUGCCUCCCCUGCUCCUCUCCCUACCAAACAAUGUGAAGGUAGGGUUAUGGCAGCAUUUAACUUAGGAGUUAAAUGUUUCUACAAUAAUUCAUAACUCUUAAGAAUCCUCCAGGUUUACAAGAUAACUUUACUCCUUCAUGGUGGAAGUUUGAUCAAUAAUUCAUUCCUGUAGAUCUAUGAAGGAUUCUUUCUGUAGCCAGAAAGAACUGCAUAAUCAGAGCCAUAUUUUUAUUUUAAAAUACAUUUCUCUAAUUUCUCUCUUCCUGUUCUCAAAAUAUCAACCACAAUUACGAAGGUAUGCCUAACCUAGUGAAUUUCCAGUAACGUUUAAAUUUUUUUUAUCCCAGCACCUUGAAUGGUAAUUUACCCUUUAAAGUCGUGACUUGGACUCUACAUUGGGUCUUGUGUGUUCCUUAAUACCUUUCAUUAGUCUUUGGAAUAGAACAGUCACAUGUUACAGUGGGCAAAAUCAUUGUGGGCAUAGAUAAAGUCUAUUUCUUCAAGAUUGUGAAUUCUUAAGACUAUUGCAGUCUUGUUUAUCCUUGAAUCUCUUGUUUUUAAAACUUUGAAUUUGUCAGAAAAAAGUUAAUAUAUAGCUAACCAUAGCAUUUUAGAAAAAUAUUAGCUCUGUGAAUUACCAGGCCCCAUACUUCCUGGCUCAUUAUUGAUUUUAAUGCCUUGGUGAGGGUAUUAAAGUUAAGAGGAGCAGUAGAAUUUGCAUUAGCCAAUAUUAUUUUGUCAGAGGUGUGAUAUAUAGUUUAUUUUAAGAGAAUUAAAUAUAUAGAGACCCAAAUAAAAAAAAAAAAAUCUAGCCAUGUUGUUUCCAAACCUCCAUUAUGAGCAAUAUUUUAGUGUUAGUUGUCAGUGAUAGACUAUACAUUUUAUAUGCUUUUUUAAAUAGAGAAAGUGAAAAAUUAUAAACUAAUCAUUAUUACAAGAGGUUUUUGUCCACCUCUGUUUUACAGACGUUUGCCCUCCAGUUGUUUGAGAGGAAGUCAAAUAAGAGAGGAGAAUAUCUUUUUCAAGAGGUAGAAUGAGAUUUCCUUAUAAAAGUGACAAUCAAGAAGUAGUCAUUUGUAUACUUACUUGCCAAAGUGUUAAAAAGAAUUUUCCUGCCCCUAAAUCCCCUGCUCUCCCCCCUGCCCCGCCCCAGGAUUCAGAAAGGGCUCAGUAUAGAUCCAGGUUUCCAGGGCCCAGGUCAUUUUGGUUUUAGUCCCGGGCUUCUAUGCCUGCACAUGGCAAAGGCAUUGAUAGCACUUGCGUCCUAGGAUGCAGUGUGUGUCGGGGGGGGGGGGCAGUGGGGGGGACAUUCUGUGUCCAGACUUACGAUCAUUCAUUUUCUAUCAGACCCACAAGCACUGUCUGUGGGCUAAAAUGUAGGUUAAACCUAUUCAGAAUGAGGUGGGAUUUUAAAGCAAAGCAACAAUUUUUAGUGUUUUUAUUUCAAUCCCCCAAGUUGUAUCUCAAAUGUUGGGGAAAUGCUGCCUUGACUGUUUCACUUUGCAAGGUUUUAGUAGAUACCAAUUUAGUAAAUUAACUGAACUGUUAAUCUACUGUCUGUUCAGAAGAUACCAGCAGGAUAUAUUUUGCUAAACUGAUAAGGACUGACAAAUCAUUGGGUAAAAUCAGGAAUAUUAUUUCUUCUCAUUUACUAAUAACUUUCCAACUUACGUUCUGUUGUUACAAGUUUCUGUAAUUUUUUUCUGUGACACCUUUCUAUCGUCUGACUUUAAAUAAAAACAUUUCUGAUAAUA